AUGAGUGACAAAAUUGACGUUCUUCUCUACGGCCUGGGGGCCAUCGGUUCUUUCUACGCCUUUAUUCUGCAGCGAAAUCCAAAUGUCCAGUUGACUGUGGUGGCCCGGUCAAAUUAUGAAGCAGUGAAGAACAAUGGCAUUUUCAUCGAUAGCGCGAAUCACGGGCAGCAUCGGUUCCAACCAUACGCAGUGGUGAACUCACCAUCUGAGCUUGCUGGACCGUUCGACUACAUCGUUCUCGCGCAUAAAGCCAUCGAUCAAGACGCGGUUGCAUCACAGUUACAAUCCGUUAAAGCAUCGACUCUGGUCAUCAUCCAGAAUGGCGUGGGCAAUGAGGAGCCAUUUCGAAGGACCCAUCCGGAUAGUUCAAUCGUUACCUGCGUGACCUGGGUCGGCGCAACUCAAAUCCAACCCGGCCAGAUUAAACACACCCAAUCCGAAGACCUCCAAAUUGGCUUGUAUCUCAAUACCGCUGUCGACAGCAACAUCGAAGAAUCCCGCCUCUCGACUCUCGCCUCUCUCCUCGAAACUGGUCGUACGCGAUUCCAACUCCUCUCCCCGGCCGACAUCCAACGCCAACGCUGGGAAAAGCUCGUUUGGAAUGCAGCUUGGAACUCUACUACUGCGUUGACGAUGGUCGACACGCAGACGUGGCUACAUUCCUCUUUUGAGGCUACGAGCUCCACACGACGGCUAAUGCGCGAGGUGAUCGAUGUCGGUCGUGCGUGCGGUGUAAAGCUGGAGUAUGACUUGAUUGACAAAUUGGUUGGAAAGAUACUCAGUAUGCCCGGGAUUGGAAGUAGUAUGCAGACUGAUUGUAAUAAUGGACGACCGUUGGAAAUUGACGUGAUUCUGGGGGUACCUGUGAAGAAGGCGAGGGAGUUGGGGAUAGAGACGCCGACGCUUGAGAUGGUUUACGCUUUGGUCAGAGCUGUUGACACACGACUACGUGCCAAUAUAUAG